AGACAAUAGAUAUUGCACGGGAAAGAGCUCAGCGUGCAAAAUGUGCUGCAGUGUUGAUGAGCUGGCAAUGGUGCACAAAGGCUCCAGCAAUGCGGUCCACAACAAUGCUGAGCGUAUUGUGGUUCCCGGUGCCGGUGGGGAAGUGCAGGUCUUCCAUGUCAUGCAAGGCAGAAUUCCAACUGAAUUGCUGGCUGCCCUGAGCGCACCGCUUUCUGACGAAGAUUGCACAGCUCUUUAUCAUGAGGUGGGAUUGCAUCGUGCACUUCCUGUGCCAAAGACUGAAAGGCCGAAGGUACUUUGGCUGUUUGGGCCACCUGCGGCGGGUAAAAGCACACUUGCAGCUGAACACUCACCAACCAUUUUUGGCAUCAACGGAAGCGCUGUUUCCGUGGAUGGUGAGGAGAUUCGAGGUCAACACAAGGGCUUCCGCCGCGUUGCGCAGCACGGUUUGGAGAACCACCUGCUGCAUAAGGAUGCCUGGGGCAUCCUGAAGGCGACCGGACACGUGGAAGGCUUGAAGAGAACCAUCCUGCGCAAGGCUAUUCAGAACCGGCAAAACAUCACGAUGCCAGAUUGUGCUCUGAAGCCUGCCCGUGUCAUGGAAAUGCUGAAAGAGUUUCAAGAUGCUGACUAUGAGAUGCAUGCGAUUUGCCUUUGGGCGCCUGCUCAUGAAGCUGAGAGGAGGGGCCGUCUACGUUCCGUCCAGACGGGCAAAGCCUACAGCCCCAAGUUUCAUCGCCCCAGCAGUGAUGGCACAAUCGAGAUAGCUCGGUAUUGGGAAGAGCAGAUGAGGCAGGGAAAUAAACACUUCAAUGGCAUCAAGUACUAUGAUGCCACUUCGCUGCCUGCUUGCCCCGUUGUCUUGAACGAGGUUGAGAAUUUGAUGGAGAACUCGGAAUUGGUUCGCAGAGUGUCUCUUGGAAGGGAUGAUGCACGGCGGCUCUCCUUCAAAAAGCCUGGUCUGCAUGCUGCAGAGGCAGCAAUACUUCACAAGGGCCCAAGUCAAACCUGGAAAGACUAUGUGCUCCAGAUCUGCUGGCUUGCCCCAGGAUUCCUCCGCUACGUGGGUGCGUGUUUCACUGCAAAGACCUGGGUCAUCCUUGGAAUGUAUCAAGGCAUCUCUUUUCACAACUCUGGUCUUCUUGGCCUAGUGAGGCUUGGGUGAACGUGGUUCUAUUCCUGUUGCACCCUAGACGCCGGAUCGGUAGCUGUGCCACAGGGCAAAGCUUUGGCGUUGCACCAGUGGCACAGCUUGAAUCGUGGCGCGCUGACUUGGUUUCAAGCUCUGA